AUGACAUUCCUCUUUUGUAAGUGGUUGAUUGCCGCUAAUAUCGUCACUCGACGUGGGAGAGUAUCGGACUCAGAGGAAGAGGCAGCUCCGCAGCAAGCGACAGAGGCGACUCAUGAGGCUAUGGUGUCGACUCGAGGAAAAGAGGCUGCUGAAUCCUCGAGAAAAGGAAAGGAACCGGUUCUUCCAGCUGGUAGUGAAGAGGAAUUUGAUAGUGAGGAAACGGAGACUUCUGAAGAGGCGGGGAGUCGAGAAGAAGGAGAAUUGCCAGCUGAUGCUGCUUCUCCCGGAGAUAUGGAGACUGAGGAGACCAGCUUUGUCCAACAAAUGCAGGAUGCUCUGAAAGAAGGACCAGCUGGUGUUCCACCAACUCCUGACAUUGAUCCAUCGGCUACAGACACAGUCAAGCUAAAAGAAGCGGGUACAAGUAGUGGAGCUCUCGAAUCCGUCCCGGUCAACGAAGAUGCCAUAAUGAAAGAAUCUGUUGGAGGAGAGGCCACGCAUGCAACAGAGGUCGAGGAAUUCAAUGAGCAUCACCUCGAUUUUGAUCUCUCUGAAGGCGACCAUCAGUAUAUCUCCGAUUUAUUAUCGGGGAAAACUCCUGGUGCGGCCACAGAAUCCAACGUUGGAGUCGGUUCAACAGAAGCAGGUCCUUCUGGGAGACCAGCUGCUGGAGCUGAUACUACCAUAAUCACUGGAACGUCUGAUCGACCGGAGGGUAGUGAACUCGUGCCAUGGGCAGGAACUGAGAAUAUUCUCCCCAGGAGCCUCUCAACUUAG